AUGGCACCAGCACCACGUACCUCGAGCAAUGCGGAAGGUGAGACGGAUUUGGUAAUGAGAUUGAAGAAAGACAUCUUCGAGCGCAAGUACAUGAAGCAGCUCGAAAACGACCCAGUCCAGAAUGCGAACCUGGCUUGGAUGAGGGUCGUCGAGAUCAUGUCAGUCGAGAAACUCAGCGAGACCACGGCUCGAGCGGUAUUUCGUUUACCGGUGCAGCGCGAGUAUUUAAACCCGGCGCAGGGACUGCAUGGUGGGAUGGCUGCUGCUAUGUUCGACACCAUGACCACGUGGACGCUGUAUCCGAUAAGGAAGCCGGGGUUCUGGAUGCUCUUUGGCACCACGAGGACUUUGAACCUGACGUAUCUGCGGCCGGCGCCAGAGGGCGAGAUGAUGCUGAUGGAGUGUGAGGUGGUACAUGCUGGGAAGCGAUUGUGUCUGAUCAAGGGCACUUUGAGGAGAGAGCGGGACGGAGCCAUCAUCUCGACCUGCGAGCACCAGAAAUACAACAAUGAUCCUGAGGUCGCGAAGGCGUAG